GCGGACUGUAAAUACUGUGCUCGUCUCCUGUUCUGCUUUCUUGUCUAUACUUGUGUCCCAGUCUGCUUGUGUUGUAUCAUAACGACUGUGUGUUUCAAGACGUUCUGAACUCAACUUUUCUAUAUCACACGCGCCACCAGAUAUAUCUAGCGCUCCUGAACUCGGUUGACUCACAUCUGAUUCGCAUCGGACUCGCAUGUCGUUGCUCUUCUCACAUUUUACAGCGCUCGACGAGCGCAUCCAACUCCACUAUCAAGGCAGCUCUCGGUUCGUUAUCUUGUCGAAGGUCACGGACGAUGCAUGGAUCGUUCAUCUGGGUCUUGCUCGUGAAGGCCGCUGGUGGAAGGGCUCGUGGGAGGAAGGCGAUAUUCUCGAGAUCGCUGGAAAGCGCAUCUUACCCAAGAACUUGGAAGCGCUCGCAGAUAACUUGGCCACCAAGCUCAUCGAUGACGACUUAGAGGUGGAGAACUGGGACCCGCUUGUAGCGAGAGGGGAUAAAGCUAUGAAGCUCACUCUUGGACCAUCGGGGAAGAAACCACUUCGGAUCAAUUUAGUGGAGAUGAGCGCGAACGAUGCUGCGAUUUUCGCUGUCGGAGAGUUCAUUUCUAUCGCUCUUCAAGCUCAAUCUCGUCAGUGUCACAUCAACCCUUCGAACUACGACGGCGCAUUGUCACUCUCUAACAAGAAGCAUCGCCGUUCACAAUCCAUCGAUCAAGAUCGAGCCACCUCUCCCAUCGAGACACCCUCUUCCCCGGGCCCCAGCACACAAGGUACACAAGAAGCGUCCCAGCGCCUGGAUAGAAAGCGAAGCAACGCUACAUUCCGUAUCCCUACCGAGAGAUCAACUCAGACCGCGGGCAGCUCAAAGUCACAAGAUAAGCCCAAGGGGAGAGGGAAGGCCAAAGAGAAAGAGAAAUCGGCGCCGACGCCGCCACUCGCUGUUCAACCCUCUGCAGCUGAGCUGGCUGCUCUUGAGGAAGUCCGCCAGUUGAAGGAAGAGUUGAAACGACAGAAGAGCUUGGUCGCUUCUGCGUCGCUUGCUAGAGUGGGGAGCAACGCUGGCCUGAUGAGUCGCUCUGUGAUUCCUGCACAGCCACGUAGGAAAGGUGCAUCACUAGCGAAUCCGAAUAAGAAGGCUAGGAAGCUAGAGGAGCUGGAAUUUGCCAGUGAUAGCGACUGAUAUUGGCCGCUGUGCGUGAUGUCCUCCGCCAAUCUGAUUGAAAUUACCUCUAUUGUACAGUAGUCUUCACAGAUUUGCGUAGUAUAUUGAAUUAUCCCCAUGAAUG